AUGACAUCACUGAUAUAAUAGUAAUAUGAUAUGUGAUCACAGCCCCGCCCCCUGUAUGACAUCACUGAUAUAACAAUAUAAUGGACCUUGCUGUGGACUUGCCCUUUAAUUCCUCUGUCUGGUUAUUAAUCACAUUAUAUAACGUAUUAAUCCUUUGGUCACACGUCUGUUCUGCUUUAUUCACAUGUCUCAUCCCUGAGUGAUCCUGGGAAACCCCGAGCGCCCAUGUGAGGAAUCGCAACGCCGCAGUAUACAUCCCCGACUCACCGCGGAGAGAUCGCAGCCACACCAGGAGAAAUAAACAGAGAAACAAUGGCGCAGAGAGAGGGGAACCAGGAUGGCAGUAUUGUACAGCGGGUGCUCCGGUUGCCCCUCUUACACUCGGCCUAUCAGAUCAUGGUGUUCGCCUACCAGGAUGUGAAGAAUCUGCACCCGGCGUUGGAGGUCGUCUGUAAUGUUUCGGAGCGAGGGGUGAAGGCGCUGGGGGGGGCGGCAGUUCUUGGGGCGUCUCCGGUGCUGAAGCUCGUGGAGCCCCAGAUGGCGGUGGUGAACAAUGUCGCGGUGCGUGUCGUGGAUCAGCUGGAGGAGCGACUCCCUGUGCUUAACCAAGCGGCAGAUGAGGUGGUAUCAGAUGUCCGUAACAAGUUGGUGAGCGGUGUGAGCGAGGUGCGGGCCCGGGUGAUGGGCAGGGUGCAGGGCACCAUGAACCGGACACAGACUCUGGUCAGAGGGGUCUAUGAAGCCACCUCCUUGGGGGUCCUGUCCCUGGGGACCCUGGGGGUCCGAGAACUCGUGAGACUGGGAGUGGAAAUAGCUGUAAACCGAGCAGAAGACCUGGUGGAUGUCUACUUACCUGAGGAAGAGGAGGACGGUGCCCAGGGGCUGGAGGGCAGCGGCAGUGAGGACACAGAUGAGGAGGAGGAGGCUGGGUCUGGUCUGGUCUCUCGUUUCUCCUCGCUUGUUGGGGUCGUUUAUACACGAAGUUUUAAAAGACUAAACUCCAACCUGGACCUUGUGUGGACGUUCCUCCAUGGUGGCGUUAACCUUCUUUUCGGUAUGCCAACACAGGUAAUGAGAUUCUCUGAUGCCGUCAUGGAGGCUCUGAACAUGCAGAACAUCUCCAAAGAAGAUCCAAAGCAGAAGGUGACACCUAAGAAGAGCCAGGUAGAGUCUUCCUUACUUUUGAGACGAGCCCCAAACAGGAGGCGCUCUCCACAGACUGGAGCGUCCGUCUACCGAGCCUUCACCAAUGACAAGCAAGUCCUCAACAAAAUCGACCGAGCAAGAGCUGGAGGCCGGGAAAGGAGACGUCAAAGUCUGGACAGCUCCUUCUUCCCCUCUGAGAUCCAGGAGGACUAGGCGUGGUGUGUCUGUCAGUGCUGGAUACUACAAGUGUUGGCUUUAUGUAAAAAGGGCGACCCCCCAGCCCAUUCCCAGAGGAGAGGCUCCUGAUGACACAAACCCCAUGGCCACCAGUCGGUGGUUUCUGCAUCUUGGAAUUUUGAAAGCGUAAAAUAAGUGAUCACCGAAACCAGUGUCUCCCCCGGAAUGAUGGCACACCGGUAGAUUGGGGAGGCACUGCUGAGCACUACGUCACCCUUUAUUCUGGAAAUGGGCAUGGAGAUGGGAACCCUGGUGGUAAUGAUGUGUUAGACAACAACCAAAAGUAGAGCUCCCCUUUAACUGCUGAUGUUUAUUCCUGAUAUAUGGUAUUAUGUAUGUGGUGACUUCUCUGUAUCCAGCUUGUCUGUAUCACUCUGACCAAUAAAACCACUCAGCAAGA